AUGGCUCGUUACGGUUUCGGACUGAAACAGAACCCUCGCUUUCUAUGGAUAGUGUUAUGUUUGAUGAGAACGUUGUUGGAUUUCGCGCUGUCGCAGGAAGUUUACGCACCCCAUUCUAUCAAGAUUGAGGGACAUUUGACCCUGGGUGGUCUCUUCCCGGUGCACACCAGAGGGACCGACGGCGUGCCUUGUGGAGAUAUCAAAAAGGAGAACGGGAUCCAUCGGCUUGAGGCCAUGCUGUAUGCUCUGGAUCAAAUCAACCUCGACGAUCAACUUUUACCCAACAUCACCCUAGGCGCCCGGGUGCUAGACACUUGUUCGAGAGAUACAUAUGCGCUGGAACAAUCAUUAACUUUCGUUCAGGCUUUGAUACAGAAGGACACUUCGGAUGUGAGGUGCACCAAUGGAGAACCGCCGUUGUUCGUCAAGCCGGAGAAAGUGGUUGGAGUCAUUGGCGCCUCGGCAAGUUCUGUAUCGAUUAUGGUCGCCAACAUUUUGCGCCUCUUUCAGAUCCCUCAGAUCAGCUAUGCCUCCACGGCCCCAGAGCUGAGUGAUGACCGGCGCUAUGACUUCUUCUCUCGGGUGGUUCCCCCGGACUCAUUUCAGGCCCAGGCCAUGGUGGACAUCAUCAGAGCCCUGGACUGGACCUACGUCUCCACCGUUGCCUCUGAGGGCAGCUAUGGAGAGAAGGGCGUGGAGGCCUUCCAAGAGAUCUCCAAAGAGGCUGGUGGGAUCUGCAUCGCUCAGUCUUUGAAAAUUCCCCACAACCCCAAGCUGGAGGAUUAUGACGAAGCCAUCCAACAACUGCUGGAAACGCCCCACUCCCGGGGAGUCAUCAUCUUUGCCAGUGAAGAAGACGUACGGGGACUUCUCAAUGCCACCAAGAGAGCCAAUAAGGUGGGCCAUUUCCUGUGGAUUGGGUCGGACAGUUGGGGGGCGAAGACCAGCCCAAUACACCAGUUGGAGGACGUGGCAGUGGGAGCAGUCACUAUACUGCCCAAACGCUCAUCUAUUAAAGGGUUUGAUGAAUACUUCACCUCGCUCACCCUGGAGAAUAAUCGCCGGAACGUGUGGUUCGCCGAGUUCUGGGAGGAGAACUUUGACUGCAGGCUCCUUAGUUCUUCCAAAAGAGAAGACACCAGCAGGAAAUGCACAGGCCAGGAGCGGAUCGGAAUAGACUCAAAGUACGAGCAGGAGGGGAAGGUGCAGUUUGUGAUAGACGCGGUGUAUGCAAUGGCUCACGCCCUCCACAACAUGCAGAGAGACCUGUGUCCUGAGCACUCUGGCAUCUGCCCUGUGAUGGAGGCAGCCGAGGGAAAGACUCUGCUCAAGUACAUACGCAACGCCAGCUUCAACGGUAGUGCAGGCACGUCGGUUAUGUUUAAUAAAAAUGGUGACGCCCCGGGACGCUACGACCUGUUCCAGUUUCAGAUGACCAACUCCAGUGUUCCUGAAUACAGGCCCAUUGGACAGUGGGUGGAGACUCUCCAACUCAGGCUGGAGGAGCUGCAGUGGCCAGAGGGGGAGCAGGCGGUCCCUAUUUCCAUGUGCAGUCUACCCUGUAAGACAGGUGAGAGGAAGAAGAGGGUGAAGGGCAUGCCAUGCUGCUGGCACUGUGAGCUGUGUGAUGGUUACCAGUACCAGUAUGAUGAGACCUCAUGCCGCCUUUGCUCUUAUGACAUGAGGCCCAACCCCAACCGGACGGAGUGCCAACCUAUCCCCAUUGUCAAGCUGGAGUGGCACUCCCCCUGGGCCGUCAUUCCCGUGUUCCUCGCCAUGCUGGGUAUCAUCGCCACUAUCUUUGUCAUGGCAACGUUCAUACACCACAACGACACACCCAUCGUACGUGCGUCAGGCCGCGAGCUGAGUUACCUGCUGCUGACGGGCAUCUUCCUGUGUUACAUUAUCACCUUCCUGAUGAUUGCCAAGCCCGACGUGGGCGUGUGCUCCUUCCGGAGGAUCUUCCUGGGCCUGGGGAUGUGCAUCAGCUACGCCGCGCUGCUCACCAAGACCAACCGGAUCUACCGGAUCUUUGAACAAGGGAAGCAGACAGUGACAGCCCCGCGCUUCAUCAGCCCCACCUCCCAGAUCGCCAUCACCUCCUCCCUCAUCUGUCUGCAGCUGCUGGGCGUGCUCGUCUGGUUCGCCGUGGACCCGCCCAACACCAUUAUCGACUACGACGAGCAGAAGACCAUGAACCCCAACCUGGCGCGUGGGGUGCUGAAGUGUGACAUCACGGACCUGCAGAUGAUCUGUUCGCUGGGCUACAGCAUCCUGCUAAUGGUCACAUGUACCAUCUACGCUAUCAAGACCCGCGACGUGCCAGAAGACUUCAACGAGGCCAAGCCCAUCGGCUUCACCAUGUACACCACCUGUAUAGUCUGGCUGGCCUUCAUCCCCAUCUUCUUUGGCACAGCCCAGUCUGCAGAGAAGCUGUACAUCCAGACAACCACCCUCACCAUCUCUAUGAACCUCAGUGCAUCUGUAGCUCUCGGGAUGCUCUACAUGCCCAAGGUCUACGUCAUCAUCUUCCACCCGGAGCUCAAUGUCCAGAAGAGGAAGAGGAGCUUCAAGGCCAUGGUCACCGCCGCCACCAUGUCCUCCCGCAUCUCUGUGAAGCCCAGCGAGAGGCCCAAUGGAGAGGCCAAGACCGAGUUGUGUGAAAACCUGCCCACCGCACCCACCGACCCCAUGAGUGAGUCACACAACAUGGCCAUUAACGUAUUCUGUAACUACUUUGUUAAAUAA